ACCGUUUCUCUGUUUCUGCUGGCGACGAGGCGCGCAGGUGACUCUCGUUGUUGCUUCCGGUAGCUACUCUCUACCAGUGCACCAGUAUCGCCGCCAGACAACUCAUCCUCCGCAGGUAUAAUGGUUGUUUGUUGUCGAAGUGCCGCUGUGGCGGUAGUUGGCUUGGUGAGCUACACUACCCGGGCGUUUGUCAUCCCGCCGUCGUCUAGCGCCCUUUUCUCGAGGACCUCGGCUGCCGCGAAUGCCGGUGCCGGCCGGACCGGCAAGGCUUCUUCUUUAAGGUCUAGAUCUUCUCUUCGAAUGGACGCCUCAGCAGGGGAAGACGAGGAGGGUGGCGUGAUCAUGAACCGCUUCUCGAGCACCUUGACUCAGAGGAAGAGCCAGGGGGCAUCGCAGGCGAUGCUGUACGCCACAGGACUCACAACAGAAGACAUGAACAAGGCGCAGGUGGGAGUCUCCAGCGUGUGGUUCGAAGGCAACCCGUGCAACAUGCACCUGCUAGACCUGGCCAAGGAGGCCAAGGAUGGCGUUACCGAGGCGGGGAUGGUGGGCUACCGGUUCAACACCAUCGGCGUGUCGGAUGGUAUCUCCAUGGGCACCAGGGGCAUGUCGUUCUCGUUGCAGUCACGAGACGUUAUCGCCGAUUCCAUUGAGACGGUCAUGGGGGGGCAGUGGUACGAUGGCAACAUCUCCAUCCCCGGCUGCGACAAGAACAUGCCGGGGUGUCUCAUCGCCAUGGGACGGGUCAACCGCCCUUCCAUCAUGGUGUACGGGGGCACCAUCCGUGCGGGCAAGGCAGCUGGCGAGUCUCUCGACAUCGUCUCGGCCUUCCAGGCGUACGGGGAGUUUGCGUACGACAGGAUCACCGAGGAACAACGGCAGACGGUCGUGGAGAACGCUUGCCCCGGCCCAGGUGCCUGCGGAGGGAUGUACACGGCUAACACCAUGGCCAGCGCAAUCGAGGCUCUGGGAAUGUCCCUGCCGUACUCUAGCUCCACCCCUGCUGACGACCCGAUGAAGAAGGACGAGUGCCACAGGGCAGCACAGGCGGUCCGCAACAUGUUGGAAAAGGACCUCAAGCCGAAGGACAUCGUCACCCGUGCUUCCUUCGAGAACGCGAUCGUCACCGUCAUGGCCCUCGGGGGCUCCACUAACGCCGUGCUUCACCUCAUCGCCAUGGCCAGAGCCUUCGACAUCGAGCUCGACAUCGACGACUUCCAGACCAUUUCCAAUAAGGUGCCCUUUGUGGCCGACCUUAAGCCCAGCGGCAAGUACGUCAUGGAAGACCUGCAGGGUGUGGGCGGCAUCCCCGCGGUGCUCAAGAUGCUCAUGGAGGAGGGUCUGUUGGAUGGCUCGUGCAUGACCGUCACUGGAAAGACUAUGGCGGAGAACUUGGCGGAGUUGCCGGGAUUGAAGGAGGGCCAGGACAUCAUCAAGCCCAUGUCUGACCCCAUCAAACCUUCGGGACACAUCCAGAUUUUGUACGGCAACGUAGCCCCAGGGGGUGCCGUGGCUAAGAUCACCGGGAAGGAGGGGCUGACCUUCUCGGGUGUCGCCAAGGUGUACGACUCCGAGGAGGACAUGCUUGAGUCAUUGGCGCGAAAAGAAAUCAAGGCCGGCACGGUGGUGGUGAUCCGUUACGAGGGGCCAAAGGGCGGCCCGGGGAUGCCCGAGAUGCUCACCCCUUCGUCUGCCAUCAUGGGUGCUGGCUUGGGAAGCUCGGUGGCGCUCAUCACUGACGGGAGGUUUUCGGGGGGGUCUCACGGGUUCAUCAUCGGACACAUCACCCCUGAAGCUCAGGAAGGCGGCCCCAUCGCUCUCCUCAAGGAUGACGACCCAAUCGUUAUUGACGCCGAAAAGCGCACCAUCUCCGUCCUCAUAUCCUCUACCGAGUUGGAGAAGCGGCGACAAGACUGGGUUCCGCCGCCCCCCGCGGCGACCAAGGGCACGCUGUUCAAGUACAUCAAGAACGUGGCCUCUGCUUCCGAGGGCUGCGUAACCGAUGAGUAGGGUAUCUCUACUUUCAUUCUAGUUUAGCAAUCCCUCUUGCAACGGGCAGGGAGUGUUGGAUGAAGGUUACCGUCACGUUGCAGCCUCGAGGGAACCUGCUGUCGUAGCAUAGCAGUUCAGUGCGUGCGUUUGGUACUACCGGCAUGGGCAUGGGAUACGUCGAUUGACCAAUUGGCCUACAUGUAGCGUAACCGAGUUCGUUGUAUUGUUAGGUUUUUGUUAAAAAUGGAUCACGAGAGGAGUGUGGUUGCAUCGGGGCUGGCAACAAACGAUGUUAGGCGUGUUACCCAAGAGUGGUUAUUUGUCGCUGACCUUUUUGGCUACUUGAUUGUAUGGUGUGUGUAGGUUUGCUUUUUAUCACAAUUGCAGUCGCGUGCAGCACUGCUGUUAGCUUUGCUAGCAUCAAGUAGGUGAUAGAAGGGUGUUCCAAAACCUCACAGGGUGACUGUGACAUCGCAAGAAAUGCCCACGGUGCGUUUUCUUCGACCGCGCCGUCACUUUUCAAGAGGAAAAAACCGCACCGCCGUACCGCACCGACAAUAUUGGAGAUAAUAUAUAAACCGCACCGCACCGCGCCGUGGGGUACUAGAGAACCGUACGUGCGAUUUUGAACGGCGUGGUUUGUUUAACUCCGUCGCCAAAACCGCGGUAAAAAACGCAGUCAAGGAACAUUUUCCCAUGCAGAUGUAGACUAUACUAGGAAUGGCAACAAUUGCUUCAUGUGUCCAACCUACUCGUGCGGGAAGGCAAUGGUUGUCGAGGUAGACUCUGAGCGUAGCAGGGACGCACUUUUUGGUAUAUAUUCCACGAAAUUGUUGGUACUCCC